AUUUUCGCUUUCUUUAUUAUUGUAGCUAGCUGGCAUUACACAGUUUUGAUGGUUGUAUUUAUAGGUGUAUGAGGUGUCUGAAAGCUGGUUAGCUGCUAGUUCAGCGUCCUAAAAGACAACCUCCUUUCUGUCAAUAAGCUCGCUUGGGUGGUGUCGUUCAUUUGUUGUUUUUGUCUUUUGUUGGUUUUCCUUCCUUUUUUACAGUAGCUAGCUUGGGGUGUCGUCAUAUUAAUAUUAACACAUGAGUGUGUCACUGGUUGUAAUCCGUUUGGAGCUUGCGGACGAGUCUCUGUUUCCAAAAGGUUUCCAGUACACCGCCGCAGACAUGUCUGAGGAGGAGUUCAAAGAGAGGGCCCUGGGGUCCGCCAAGGUCGCCCUGAGUGGAAAGUCGGACCUGGACCGGACGGCCGUCCUACACCAGCACAUCGGGAGCAGGGCUAUGACGGAUAUGGUGAUCGAGACCUUCAACCACAGCACAGAUAAGAGCGGGGGUCCGGAGUCCGGGGACGCGGGCGAAGGGGAGGAGGCCAGCCCCCAGUCCCGGGGCAGCCCCAGCCCCUCGGAGGAACGGCCCGGCAGCAGGGGGGCCAAAGACGCCACGGAGGGGGUCACUUUGCCCGACUCGCCCUCCAAGCAGCUGCCCGACCAGAUCUCCUUCUUCAGCGGGAACCCCUCGGUGGAGAUCGUCCACGGCAUCAUGCACCUGUACAAGACCAACAAGAUGACAUCGCUGACGGAGGACGGUCGGCGCAGCGCCAUGCUUUGCAUCCUGACGGUGCCCGCCGCCAUGACCAGCCACGACCUCAUGAGGUUCGUGGCGCCCUACAACGACGUCAUGGAGCACAUGAAGAUCAUCCGGGACUCCACGCCCAACCAGUACAUGGUGCUGGUCAAGUUCAGCGCUCAGGCCGACGCUGAUGGCUUCUACACCGCCUGCAACGGCCGGCAGUUCAACUCCAUCGAGGACGCGGUCUGUCAGCUGGUCUACGUGGAGAGGGCCGAGGUUAUCAAGUCUGAGGAGGGAGCCAGCCUGCCGGUGAUGGACCUGACGGAGCUGCCCAAGUGCACCGUGUGUCUGGAGCGGAUGGACGAGUCGGUCAACGGCGUGCUGACCACACUGUGCAACCACAGCUUCCACAGUCAGUGCCUGCAGCGCUGGGAGGACGCCUCGUGUCCUGUGUGCAGGUACUGCCAGACCCCCGAACCCGUGGAGGAGAACAAAUGCUUCGAGUGUGGCGUGCAGGAGAACUUGUGGAUCUGUUUGAUCUGCGGCCACAUUGGCUGUGGGCGCUACGUUAGCCGCCACGCCUACAAGCAUUUCGAGGAGACGCAGCACACCUACGCCAUGCAGCUGACCAACCACCGCGUGUGGGACUACGCCGGGGAUAACUACGUGCACCGGCUGGUGGCCAGCAAGACGGAUGGUAAGAUGGUGCAGUACGAGUGUGAGGGAGACUCCUGUCAGGAGGAGAAGAUCGACGCCCUGCAGCUGGAGUACUCUUAUUUGCUGACUAGCCAGCUGGACUCCCAGAGAAUUUACUGGGAAAACAAAAUCUUACAUUUGGAAAAAGACACGGCAGAGGAGAUCAACAACAUGAAGGCCAAGUUCAAGGAGACGAUCGAGAAAUGUGAUAAUCUGGAGCGGCGGUUCGGGGACCUGGUCAAGGAGAAGCAGUCCAUGGAUAAGAAGUGCACUCAGCUGAGCUCGCGGGUGAGCAAGCUGUCGCAGGAGCUGCAGGAAGAGCAGGAGCUGAACCGCUGCCUGCGGGCCAACCAGGCGCAGCUGCAGGCGCAGCUGCGGGAGGAGGAGCGGCGGGCGCAGGAGGGCGGCGAGCACAAGGACGGCCGCAUCGCCGAGCUGCAGGAGCAGCUGCGCGACGUCAUGUUCUACCUGGAGACGCAGCAGCAGAUCAGCCAGAUGCCCGCCGCCGCCCGCCAGGAGCUCCAGGAGGGCCAGAUCAACAUCGCCUCCGGGCCCUCCCCCCCCGCGCCCGCCAAGCUGGGCGGCAGGAAGGGCCGGGGCAAGAGGGGCAAGUAGGCACAUAAUCAUUUAAUAAAACAGACGGGCGGGAAGAGAAACGUGUGGGAAGACAAGAAGGAGGAGGGAAUUAAGACUGGUUUUAAGGGAAUGCAAGAGCACCCCGCCCCUCUUCUGGCCCCCGCCCUGCUACACGCCAAAAAAGGAACUUUAACAAGAAAGGGGGUUUUUCUGAAUAUUAUUGGACUGGUUUGGACUUCCUUUGAGCAGAAGGGUGAAAGAAAGGCUUGAUGUCCCAGUGGGAGGACCCGGAGGUGGAUGAGUGUGGGGAAAGGUGAUGGUGUAGAGGGCUGUAGCAUCCCUAUCAUGUUCACAGUAGUUGGAUCACCAAGAGACUGACAUUAUAGAUUUCCCACCCCGGGCACAGUGUUUAUAUGAUUCUCUCUCCAUCCUCUCUGUAGCCUUAUAGUAAGCCUACCUCUGCUGUUGGCAAAUGUGAAUCAACAGGAGCGGCCACAAGGUCUCUCUUUGGCCUGGUAUAAAAGCACCCCCACCAACCCUGACCCGGGUUUGUCUGACCCACAUUUAGCCUAGACCAUCAGCCACUCCUCUUGGAUGUUUUCUCAUUCUGUCCCUUCUUCUCUUUUUUCUUUCUCCAUUUCUCUCUCUCGCUUUGUUUCCCUCUCCUUUCUCCAUCUCUCUGUCUCUCACUCUCUUUUUGUCCAUAUCCGUCUUUCUCAAUCUCUUGUCUGUCUUCAGUGUCCUUCUCUGUGGCCCAAGCGAUCUCGUAUUUAUUCAGCAUGUACGUGUGUGUGACAGGGGGGGGGGGGGGGGGGGG